AUGAAAUUGAACCGUGAAACACACAUGGCAGCAAUGCCAUGGUGGACCUGGCAACGUGGAAAUAAUUUAUCUUCUUCUCAAAUCAGUUUGACACCUUCCCUUCUUCUUAUGAUAUUUGUUAACAUUUUACUUGAUGAGUUCGAGGGAAAUAGACCUGAAUCUGGAAGAUUACUAAACGACCAAGAUGGGGCGUUCGAAUGGAGGUGGGAACCUCAAUCUUCCGAUGAAGAAGAUGGUUUGAACCAGGAUGGGGGAGAUGGUUUCAAAACCCCCUCCAAGAAAUUGGUAUUGACUGCAUAUGGGGAGGAAGCGGAAGUUCCUGAAGUGAAGGAGGGUAUGGUUUUUCCUGAUUGGGAGGCAAUUGAUGUUCAAUUGAAGGGUUAUGGUAGGCAAAAGGGUUUUUGUUUUGUCCGUCAUUGUGGUUCGUCAAAGAAAUGUACUUUGUCACAGGAGGAGGGGUCUGGAACGGGAGUAGUAGUUAAACAGAGGCAUAAUUUUUUGUGGACUUGUGAGUGCUAUGGGGUGCCAGAGAGGAAGCGGAAGGUUAGUGGUGAUGUUGGGACAUCUGAUAACCAGGUUCAUGUUGGUAGUGGGGUACACAAGUCUAAGAAAUGUGAAUGUCCCGUACAUGUAUUUGCUAGUUUCAAUGAGAUAGGGCAGUGGGUUAUACGUAGGUCAGUCAUGGGACACGCAAAUCACUACCCAACCCCGAGUAAGUCCCGGACAAUUGCUUCAUUCCGGAAGAAGUUCUUUGAAGAUAAUCCCCAUGUAGGUCGGGAAUUUGAGGUUUGUAGGAAAUCUGGGCUAAGGACAAAUCAAGUAUAUAAUUUGAUGUCAACGCGAAGGAAUGGUAAAGCGCACAUGCCCUUUUCAGAGAAGGAUAUUCAUGAUUACCUUGCCAAAAGGAAAAAAGAAAAGAAGAAAGGGGGUGAUGCAAGGGCGAUGUUUACGUACUUUGAGAAGAUGAAGGAAGAUAAUCCAGAUUUUUUUCAUGUCUUUAGGCAAGCUGAUGAUGGUAGGUUGCAAGAUGUUCUUUGGGUAGAUGCUCGUAGUAGAGUAGCGUAUGAGGAGUUUGGUGAUGUUGUGUGCUUUGACACUACCUAUUUGACCAAUCAAUACAGAAUGCCAUUUGCGAAUUUUGUAGGUGUAAACCAUCAUGGGCAAAGCAUUUUACUUGGUUGUGCGUUGGUUUCUUGUGAGAAUUUCGACACCUUUGAGUGGAUAUUUAGUCAUUUAUUGGAGUGUAUGGGAGGCAAAGCCCCAAUAGGGAUAUUGACCGACCAGGAUGCGGCGAUAAGGAAAGCAUUACGGUCAACCAUGAGUCAAAUAGUGCAUAGGUGGUGCCUAUGGCACAUUACGCAGAAGUUUUGUAGGAAGCUAGGAAAGAAUGAGGAGUACCAGGAGUUGAAGGAAGACUUGGAGCAUGCAAUUUAUGACAGUCUCGAUGCUGAUGAAUUUGAAAUGAAUUGGGCAACUGUGAUGGAACGCUACAACCUGUCAGAGGAAGAAUUUGAUUGGCUUGAAGGUUAG